CAAGUGGAAGAACAUUCUUUUUAUUUUUCUCUACAACAACUCAACGUUUGUAUCUUAUUUCACGAAAUAGACUUUUGUUUCUCCAUCAUCAAGUAAGAUAAUGAAGAAAUUCAAUUCAAGAAAGAGAAAGGUUGUGAGGAAACAAUCUCCAAAUCUUUUGAUAUACAUCUUACCAACACUUGUGUUCUGUGUAAUCUUUGUCCCUCACAUCAAUCAAACCGUAACCUAUCUCUUUCCUUCCGACCAAGAAACCCUAAAUCUCACUCUAAAGAUUAAACAAGGAGAAACAGAUACUUGCACUGGAAGAUAUGUCUAUAUCCACAAUCUCCCCAGUAGAUUCAAUGAUGAUCUGAUCGAGAGUUGUGAAUCAUAUGCCGGGUUACGCAAUAAGUGUAAGUACCUGGUUAACUCUGGCUUCGGUCCACCGAUCUUGGAGGAUGAUCAUAACCACACAACUAGAGUAUUAACCACCGAGACUGGUUCUUGGCACUCAACCAAUCAGUUCAUGCUUGAGGUUAUCUUCAGAGAGAAGAUGAGACACUAUGAGUGUUUGACCAACGAUUCCUCCCUUUCUUCUGCGGUCUUCGUCCCGUUCUACGCUGGAUUCGACGUGAGACGCUUUUGGGUAUACAACGUGAAGCUUAGAGAUGAACUCGGUGAAGAUCUAGCUCAAUGGCUUAGGGAGAGACCUGAGUGGAAGAAAAUGUAUGGACAAGAUCACUUCUUUGUCACGGGACGGGUUGGUCGGGAUUUCAGAAGGGUGUCUGAUCUAGAUUCAGACUGGGGGAACAAUCUGAUGCGCUUGCCUGAAUUUGAGAACAUGACUAUGUUAUCUAUCGAGACAAAUUCUUGUAGCAACGAGUUUGCGGUUCCUUAUCCAACUUACUUCCAUCCAAAGACCAGAACCGAGGUUGAGACAUGGCAAAUGCAAGUGCGAACGGUUCAGAGACGAUACUUGUUCUCAUUCGUUGGAGCUCCAAGGCCGGAGAUGGACGAAUCUAUAAGAGGAGAGGUUAUAAAACAGUGCCUUGCAUCACAAGAAAGAUGCAUGUUUCUUAACUGUGACACACCAAGUAAAGAUUGUGGUAACCCGGUUAAGGUAGUGGAAGUGUUUCAAGAUUCAAUUUUCUGUUUACAACCAUCAGGAGAUACACCUACAAGGAGAUCAACGUUUGAUUCGGUUUUAGCCGGUUGUAUACCGGUUUUCUUUAGCCUCGAUUCGGUUCAGUACAAGUGGCAUUUCCCGGUUGAUCAUACCAAAUAUUCGGUUUACAUUUCGGAAGAAGAUGUGAGAGAUGGUAAGGUUAGUAUUGAGAAGAUAUUGAGUAUGAUUAGUGAAGAAGAGAUUUUGAGUAUGAGGAAUGAGGUUGAGAAGAUCAUACCGAAGAUUAUCUAUGCUAAACCGGGGGCUCUUGGACCGGAGAAGAUUGAAGAUGCGUUUGAAAUUGCGGUGAGUAGGGUUCUUGAGAGAGUGUCAUCAUUAUUCAAGAAUCAAGAUAAUGACCAAAAUCUAGCAAUGACAUAAAUGGUUCAUAAUAUAUAUUUUUUAAAUGCCUUUUGCUACUAAAAUAAAAAUCUUCAUUCAAAAGAAUAAUAUAAUUUCCUUACAAUUAAUAUACAUAAAUGGUUCACAAGAGUGAUAAAAUCUCUCUUUCUUCUUUUUCAAAAUUUUCUUAUUUAUUACAUAUAAUAAUAAUUAUAUUGUUAUUUUUUAAUAGAGAUCUUUAUUUUUUAAAAAAAUAUAGAGAUAUACAUUAGAAAUGAUCUAAAUCGAAUUGUAAAUUUGCUCUAAAUGGAAUUCUAAAUUAAGAUAGAUAGUUGCAACAUGACUCUUUCCACUUCCUGAGUUGCAUGAUUGAGAUUUCCAAAUUUGAUUAGACAAUAAGAACACGAUAACCGCUCGAAAUCGAAAUAACCGGUAGGAAAAGUAUUGGUUUGGCACAAACAACUUUUGGUUAAAAGAAGAAUCAUGCUUUUCAGUUAAAUCGUGGAUC